UAUUUGUGCACUAAUGCGACUCCCCCAUUCAUCUGAGCGUAGCUGGAGUAAGACAUGCGCAGUGCGGACGACUAAAACGAACGGAAUUCAAAGUUUCCGACGAAGCAACGAGAGAUGUUUGGGUUUCAUAAAUCGAAGAUUUAUCGCAGUCAUGAGGGUUGCUGUAUCUGUAAAACCAAGUCGUCCAGCUCCCGGUUUACAGACAGCAGCAGAUACGAGGAAAACUUCCGACUCUGCUUUGGUUUAUCUGAGGACAGAGUUGGUGAUAUCUGCAAUGCCUGCGUGCUGCUAGUAAAAAGAUGGAAGAAAUUGCCACUUGGAUCCAAGAAGAACUGGAGCCAUGUUGUGGAUGCAAGAGCAGGGCCUGGCUUCAAGUUGACAAAACCGAAAAAAGUGAAGAAUAUUGAUGGGAAGAAAAAAAGCAAGCUGAAGAAGCUGCAUAAAUUUAAACGACAAAAUUCUGAUGCCCACAGCACUACAUCCAGCAUGUCUCCUUCUCAGUCUCCCAGCCACAGUAACCAGUCUGAUGAUGGCUCAGACAUCGAGACUAAGCAAAGGCGUCCAACCCCAGCUGGCUUCUCGUUCCUCGACCUCUCCUACUGGAAAAGGCAGAAGGUGUGCUGUGGGAUUGUCUACAAAGGGCGUUUUGGUGAGGUAAUUAUCGAUCCUCGUCUUUUCAAGCCCUGCUGCAGCACCAAAGAGCGGGCAGCGCUGGCAUCCACCGCAGACUCUCAGAACUCCAAAACACCAACCUCUCCCCUCCCAGAGGACUUAAAGGAGACUUGGUGAUCAGUUUACCGCACCUCCUCCAGUGUCUCGUUGAGGCUCCCUAGCUUUGUCUCCAGUGGCAGACUCAAAAAUCAUUCCCACAUUAGUUCACUGUGUAUGAAUGCCGUUGAAUAUUUUCCCUGUUUUUUGUUAUGUUAGCAAUUUGU